AUGAAUGCUCUGGUUGAACAGGAGAUACUGGCUGAAGAGUCUGAUUGGCUCUGUGGAUCAGAGGAGGCUCUGCUGAGGCUGCUGCCAGUGGUCAAAGCCUCCAACAAAGCUCUACUGAGCAUCUGUAACCUCUCAAAGAGAAGCUGUGAAGCUCUGUCCUCAGUCCUCAGCUCCCAGUCCUCUAGUCUGAGAGAGCUGGACCUGAGUAACAACAACCUGCAGGAUUCAGGACUGAAGCUUCUGUCUGCUGCAGUGCAGAGUCCACAUUGUAUGCUGGAAACUCUCAGUCUGUCAGGCUGUCUGAUCACAGAGGAAGGCUGUACUUCUCUGGCCUCAGCUCUGAGCUCCAACCCCUCCCAUCUGAGAGAGCUGGACCUGAGCUACAAUCAUCCAGGAGACUCAGGAAUGAAGCUGCUGUCGGCCGCACUGAAGGAUCCACGCUGGAGACUGGACACUCUCAGGGCGGAGCCUGCUGGAGUGCGAUGGCUGAGCCCAGGUCUGAGGAAGUAUUCCUGUCAACUCACAAUCGACACAAACACAGUGAACACAGAGCUACAACUGUCUGACAACAACAGGAAGGUGACACAUGUGGAGGAGGUUCAGUCAUAUCCUGAUCAUCCAGACAGGUUUGAUGUUUAUCCUCAGCUGCUGUGUAGAAAUGGUCUGACUGGUCGCUGUUACUGGGAGGUCGAGUGGAGAGGAGACGUUUAUAUAUCAGUGAGUUACAGAAGAAUCAGAAGGAAAGGAGUCAGUAAUGACUGUUGGUUUGGAUGGAAUGAUCAGUCCUGGAGUCUGAGGUGCUCUGAUGAUGGUCCUCAGUACAUCAUUCACAAUAACAGAGAAACAUCCAUCUCCUCCUCCUCCUCCUCCUCCUCCUCCUCCUCCUCUGGCUCUAACAGAGUAGCAGUGUAUGUGGACUGUCCUGCUGGCACUCUGUCCUUCUACAGAGUCUCCUCUGACACUCUGAUCCACCUCCACACCUUCAACACCACAUUCACUGAACCUCUUUAUCCUGGGUUUAUGUUCUUGUUUCCUGGUUCCUCAGUGUGUGUGUGCUGA